CACAGUCGUAUUUAAGAACCCCGAAUGAGUUAAGUUUCAGUUGGCAGUUUGCUACUUGUUUGACCGUCGAAUACCUCAAAAUUGUGUUGUUUUGUUGAGUACCCAGUGUGAUAAUUAGUAGAGAAUCAAAAUGAGAAUUAUAGUGGAUGAGCACCCGAACAUGUUGGAUUUGUCAGAGCUGCUGAGGCCGGAGCUACAGUUUGCCGACAAAGAGUUAUCUAAAUUUCGUGACUACACCGUGGACGACAAGGAUCCGCUGAAGGAACGCGUCCGCCGUACUUACAAACUGAUGCACACGAACCAAACGGUGGAGUUUGUUCAAGGGCGUCACAAGGAAUGGCUCAAGUUCGACCACUUCAAGGCCAACAUCCGAGAAGCAUUGGAGAAACUAAACGACCUGGUUGAUGAGUCCGAUCCGGAUUUGGAUCUGCCGAACAUUAUCCAUGCAUUUCAAACGGCAGAACGAGCGCGCCAGGAUCACCCCAAUCUAGAUUGGCUCCAUCUGACCGGAUUAAUUCAUGAUCUCGGUAAGGUGAUGGCCUUCUACGGAGAGCCCCAAUGGGCCGUCGUUGGUGAUACUUUCCCGGUGGGAUGCAACUGGGGUGACAGUAUCGUCUAUCGUGCAGAUAGUUUCAUAGAUAAUCCGGACGGGAAGAAUGCCCAGUAUAAUACCAAAAAUGGAAUGUAUGAACCAAAAUGCGGUUUGGAUCGACUGACGAUGUCCUGGGGUCACGAUGAGUAUUUAUAUCGAGUGCUGGUGCACAACAAGAGCACCCUACCGCAGCAAGCACUGAACAUGAUCCGUUACCAUUCCUUUUAUCCGUGGCAUUCGGGUGGCGAUUACGGACAUCUCACCAACGACCAGGACGACCAAACGAAGGAAUGGGUUCUUCUUUUUAAUCGAUAUGAUUUGUAUACCAAAUGCACGAAAAUUCCGGACUUGGAGGCACUGUGGCCGUACUAUCAAGGAUUGAUUGAUAAAUACGUUCCGGGAGAGCUAGAGUGGUGAAAUCUAGUUGAUUUUUCUUUAUCUUUAUAACCUCACACGUACCUUAUCACUUUGGAUAGCAAGUUUUGUUAGAAUUAUUUGUAAAUUUUCAUGGUGCAAUAAAUAAAGUUUAUGUAUUUUUCA